GUGCGGACUGCGCUGGGGACUGGCGGCGAUGGAGCAGGCCGAGGCGCACAACGGCUGCGGGGCCGGGGAGGCCCCCUCGGCCGGGGCGCGGCCCCCCGCCACCCCCGAGGGCAUGGCGCUGGCCUACGGCAGCCUGGUGCUGAUGGCGCUGCUGCCCAUCUUCUUCGGGGCGCUGCGCUCCGUCUCCUGCGCCAAAGGGAAGAAUUCUUCGGAUAUGCCAGAGACCAUCACCAGUCGAGACGCUGCCCGCUUUCCCAUCAUUGCUAGCUGUACCCUCCUAGGUCUUUAUCUCUUCUUCAAAAUCUUCUCCCAAGAAUACAUCAACCUGUUGCUCUCGAUGUACUUCUUUGUCCUUGGGAUCCUUGCUCUUUCCCACACCAUCAGCCCCGUGAUGAACAAGCUCUUCCCAGCCAAUUUCCCCAACAAGCAGUACCAGCUCCUCUUCACUCAGGGCUCUGGCGAAAGCAAGGAAGAGAUUGUGAACUACGAAUUCGACACUAAGGACCUCGUGUGCCUGGCGAUGAGCACCGUCGUUGGCGUCUGGUACCUGCUGAGGAAGCACUGGAUUGCCAACAACCUCUUUGGCUUGGCCUUCUCUCUCAACGGCGUGGAGCUGCUGCACCUGAACAACGUCAGCACUGGCUGCAUCCUGCUCGGUGGCCUCUUCAUCUAUGACGUCUUUUGGGUCUUUGGCACCAACGUGAUGGUGACGGUUGCACAGUCAUUUGAGGCACCCAUCAAAUUGGUUUUCCCGCAGGAUCUGCUAGAGAAAGGCUUGGAGGCUGACAAUUUUGCCAUGCUGGGCCUGGGGGACAUCGUCAUUCCAGGAAUCUUCAUCGCUCUGCUGCUGCGUUUCGACAUCAGCCUUAAGAAGAACACGCACACAUAUUUCUACACCAGCUUCGUGGCGUACAUUUUCGGGCUGGCCCUCACCAUCUUCAUCAUGCACAUCUUCAAACACGCCCAGCCAGCCCUGCUUUACCUGGUCCCGGCCUGCAUCGGCUUCCCUCUCCUGGUGGCUCUGGUGAAGGGAGAAGAGGUGGAGAUGUUCAGCUAUGAAUCUUCUGCCGAAAUCUUGCCCCAUACCCCACGGCUCACCCAUUUCCCUAGUGUCUCCGGGUCUCCGUCCAGCCUCGCUGACUCCAUGCAGCAGAGCCCGCCCUGCUCCCACAGACGUCGGCAGCACAGCCCCAGCGCCAUGUAGUUCCCUCCCGGGCAGGGCCCCGCCUGCCCACCUGCGUGACUCUGGCCAGCUACGAGGAGAACGCCAGCCCCAAGGAGGUGCCAGGAGAUGCCAAAGAAGGGAAGCCACAGCUGGAGAAAAAGGAGAAGUGACUGCGGGCCGCUCAGCCGGGCUGGGCCUCGUCCGCUCCCCCCCUCGCCAGUGAUUCUCGAUUUCUAAAGGCAACUGGAUCGUGUUCCGGCCGUGUGUGUUUGUGUGUGUGCAUCUGUCUGAGGAGCCGGCGGGGCGGGGAGGAGGCAGGAGCGCCGUCGGCCCCCGUACCCGCCGCGGGGUGCUUCUCCUGCUCCCCUUGGGGGGAACGGGUGGGACACGGCUCCACCCCUCCCCCAGACGCCUUCGACUCCCCUCCCCUUGAUUUAUUCAUUGUCUUGAUGGGAUGAGGAAAAUGGGGGAGGGGGACACUCGGGGGGCCGAUUUUUACAUUUUGUAUUGUGGAUUUGCUUCUUCUCAUAUUAAAAAACACACUGAAGGACCA